AUGGCCUCCACUCGUGUUGACUCCGUCUUGCAUAAUCUGGAGUUGCUCCAGAGCAUCCUCGAAAAGCGUGAUCCGUUUGAAACUGGAUUUUCCAACCUCCGUGAAGAUUUUGAGGCCCUCAAGCUGAAUCUGCUGUUCCUGAAACCAGUUCUUCUGUGUGCAAGAAACUGGAGCAACGACCAAUUGAAGGUAAGGCUUCGAGCUUUCUUGUCUAAGAUUGAAGCUACUGUAAACAGACCUGGGAUGGAUAUAAACUCCCUCUAUCUUAGGUCAAAAAGUGCAUUCAAUUUGAAAGGCGUGGUCACAGCUUUGAAACCCGUCGUCUCUAAUUUGCUGGGAAAAAUCAAGUCCUUUAAGCAAGAUGUCAUCGACAUAUACAAAACCUUGUCGAGCUGCAGCUCAUCAGAGUCCGGCUACUGCUUAAGAGACUAUGAACUCUUGGACUUCAUAGACUCCGUUCUACAGAACAUGAUCGAUCUUCUCAGCCGUCGGUAUUUUGAGUCCGUGGAAGAUUACAACAGUGCUUUGCAUGCACAUAUUGAGGCCCUCGAAGACAAGCUUACAUUCUUGAAAAAUUUCAUUGGCUUUGCCAAAUUUCUGGGUGUUGAAGAACGUGAAUUGGGAGAUCUGUUGGGUCACGUUCAAGUUGUGACUCUAAAUGCUGCACGCCUCUCUUACAUGUGUUUGUUUUACAAGGAAGAUCAAGAGAUGCAGGAUCCCAAGAUGUGCUCCAUAAUCAGUGAACUACUGGAGAAGAUUAACCCCGUUGACCUCCAAGUUUAUGUGACAUAUGUCAGAGUCCUUAAAGCUCCGAAAUCCCCAGAAUCAUUGCUUACCACGGAGACAGGUAUGCAAAAAUUGCAGGAUUUUAAUGAUUCUCUCAUAAGUAGUCUUUGGGAGCUACUAGGGUCCAGUACCAGCUUCACGGUUUCUGUGAAAGAUGAAAUGAAGAUACUCUAUGAGGGACUGAGAUUCUUGAGAAGCAUUCUAAAUAAGCCGCAGGAGAAUAUGAAUGAGCUAAAUGAUAAAAUUGUACCUGUUAUUCGUGAGGCAGGAAUUGUAAUUUUCUCGCUCUUUCUGAAUGAAGUGAAAGAAGUGGAUGUUGACUCCUCAGUGGUCGGAGAAUCUGCUGAUUCUUGUGCAAUGUUGGUCAAUACGAACAACAGUGUUAAGCUCAUUCUGGAUCAGCUAAGGGUUUCAAGCAUCUCAGGAAGUCUUCCUUCCGAUCAUAGCUUCAGAGGACAAGAAGUUCGCAAGACUACCGGUUUCAAGCCAUCAAGAGGUAGAGUACCAAUGACUCUUUUAGAUGAAUUUGUAGUUGGUUUCGAGGAUGAGGCAAAAAAAGUGAUUCACCGACUCAUAUGGGUAUCGCCACAGUUCGAAGUUAUUCCCAUAGUGGGAAUGCCUGGACUUGGCAAGACCACUUUAGCCAAAAAAGUUUACAAUAGUCCCUCAGUUCGGGCUCGCUUCCAUAUUCUUUGUUGGUGCACUGUUUCUCAAGAAUAUAACAUGAAGAAUUUGUUAGUUCAGAUUUUAUCCUGUGUGUAUGGGGGGGUGAAUGAACUCAAAGUUCUAAAUGAAGAUGAUUUGGCGGAAAAACUCCGUCAAACGUUAUUCAAGAAUAAAUAUCUCGUUGUUUUAGAUGAUGUCUGGGACAUUGGGGUGUGGUAUGGCUUGCGUCAUUCAUUCCCUCAAAAUAGGAACGGAAGUCGAGUCCUAAUUACAAGUCGAGACUCUAACGUGGCUUCAGAGGUACAAUGUGGUGCGGAACCUCACAAUCUUCGCGUGCUUACCGAAGAAGAGAGUUGGACAUUAUUGCAGCGGAAGGUGUUUGGAGAUGCAGGUUGCCCUCAAGAACUACAUAUGCUUGGGAAGGAAAUAGCAACAAAUUGCAAGGGAUUGCCUCUUACCAUUGUCAUCAUAGCUGGAAUUUUGUCAACUAUAGAGGAUGAUGCUUGGAGUGAAGUUGCAGAUAGUUUAACUUCAACCAUUGUGUAUGCUACAGACCAGUGCAAGAGUACAUUGGAGCUGAGUUACAGGCACUUACCGAACUAUUUGAAACGAUGCCUUCUGUACUUCGGAGCAUUUCGAGAAGAUCAAGAAAUUGAAACUGCGAAGUUGAUGAGGCUAUGGAUUGCCGAAGGCUUUGUAUCUGCUGAAGUUGAAACUGUGCCGGAUACAGAGCCAAAGAGAAUGGCGGAUUUAGCAGAAGAAUACAUGAUGGAUCUUAUUGGCAGAAACCUAGUCAUGGUUGCCAAACAAGGACAUACUGGUGGAGUCAAAACUUGUCGCAUUCAUGAUCUAUUACACGAGUUUUGUAAGGACAGAGCCAAACAAGAAAAUUUCCUACAGGUGUUGCGUGGCUAUGGUGAACUUUCCACUUUUAAUGAGCGCCCCUACCUCGAGAGGUUGUCCAUUUGGUCCAAGGCAGAGCAUUUUAAGAAGUCAAGGCUAUUCUGUCCACAAAUAUGCAGUCUACUAUUGUUUAGUCAGAUUGAAGAGUCUGAUUCAUUCAUGGCUGAUAUGUCAUUUGUCUUUUGCAUCUACAAAAGACUUCGAGUGUUGGAUUUGGAGCAAAUUUUUCUGCCGCAUAAGGUUUUUCCUAGAGAGGUAGAAGCUCUCGUUGAGCUGAGAUACUUGGGUGUUCAGGGUGCAAUGAGUUCCAUUCCCUCCACAAUUGACAAGCUCUCCAACUUAGAAACUUUUGUUGUGAUUACUGAAUCUGGUACUGUUUCAUUGCCAGAUACCAUAUGGAACAUGACCAAGUUGAGGCAUCUACAUGUGGUGGGCUGGAACGUUACUUGUUCUUUGCCGAGUGAAAAUCUUGAAAACACCUCCGACCUCUGGAGUUUAGACACUUUUUCCACCUUGAUUGUGUCUUUAGACGACAGAGCGGAAAAUGUAAUUAGAAAGAUUCCAAAUGUCCGCCAACUGAAAAUCCAACUCUCGGCAGCAGAGUGCUCUACGGGAUUCUGUAACUUAAGUCACAUCGCAAAUCUAGAAGCACUCGAAGUGUCGGCGGAGUCAUUGCCAUCGAAUCCUGUUGAGUUUUCUUUCCCUCUACAGUUAACAGAGUUGGUCCUUGGAGGAUUGCAUCUGCCCUGGAGUAAAAUUUCAGUGAUUGAGGAACUACCCGACCUUGAGGUCCUUAUAUUACUCGGCGAGUCAUUUGUCGGAGAAAGAUGGGAGCUGACCCCAGGAGGGUUCCCUAAACUCGAGUGCUUGAGUUUGGAAAACUUGGAUGUUGUCGAAUGGGAGGCCGCAACAGGCGGUGAUGAUGUUUUCCCGUAUCUUCGGAAGUUAAGGUUGAGUGGGGUUUUGGAAUUGAAAGAGGUCCCUUCCUGUUUAGGGCAGAGUGCAUCUCUUGAGGAGAUUGAAGUGCGCGACUACAAGCAAUUAACUUUCAAAGUUCAAAAGAACGGCGUAGAUGAUUAUAAGUAUCCACCUCCACGACGCCUAAGAACAGAAGAAAUUCCUGAGAUUGUCAAUGAAUUCAGAGUCGCUGCAAUUAAUGCUAUUGAAGCUGGUUUUGAUGGGGUAGAGAUCCAUGGAGCUCAUGGUUAUAUUGUAGAACAGUUUCUGAAAGACCAAAUCAAUGACAGAACAGAUGAAUACGGAGGCUCAUUGGAGAACCGUUGCAGAUUUGCUCUGGAAAUCGUUGAAGCUGUCUCCAAUGCGAUAGGAGCUGAUAGAGUUGGCCUCAGGCUCUCCCCGUUUGCAGAUUACAUGGAAUCAGGAGACUCAAAUCCAGCAGCACUAGGUCUCUACAUGGCUGAAGCGUUGAAUAAAUAUGGAAUUCUGUACUGUCACAUGGUGGAGCCAAGGAUGAAAACUGUGGGGGAAAAAUUCGAAUGUGCAGAUACUCUUCUGCCAAUGAGGAAUGCAUUCAAAGGCACUUUCAUCGUUGCUGGUGGCUAUGGUAGGGAAGAUGGCAGCGAAGCAGUGGCCAAAGAUAAUGCUGAUCUUGUUGCUUAUGGACGUUUGUUCCUGGCCAAUCCAGAUUUGCCAAAACGAUUCGAGUUAAAUGCUCCUCUGAACAAGUACAACAGAGCCACUUUCUACAUACCUGAUCCUGUUGUUGGCUACACUGACUAUCCAUUUCUUGAAACCAUUGCAUGAAAUCUGGAAAGGGUACGAAAAGACAACAACAUUGUAUUGCAGGACCACUGAAACCAUGUUAAGGUCUUUUUUAGGUGAAAUUUGUAUUGCAGGACUGCUAAUUUAAGCAUUUGGUACAAUUGUAACUUGAUACUACUAUUUGUCGA